AUGCUUAAUGGUGUGGUGAUUCGUACUGGUUUAGUAACUGGUGCUGCUCGAGGAAUGAGACGUGUGAUUGCACUUCGUCUUGCUAGAGAUGGUCUUAAUGCCGCUGUUAAUGAUGUACAAACUAGUUCUUCUGAUCUUGAGAAAGUUCGACAAGAAAUCGAACAAAUUGGUCGAAAAUCGAUUGCUAUAACUGCUGAUGUUUCUCAAAGUGAAUCAGUCGAAAAAAUGAUGCAAGAGACUGCACAAAAACUAGAAAGUCUAGACGCAGCUAAAAUCAUGAUUAAACAAGGUAGAGGAGGAAAAAUCAUUGGUGCUUGUAGUAAUGCUGCAUAUAAACCACAUCCAAUGAUCAGUUCUUAUUCUGCUACAAAAUGGGGUGUACGAGGUUUAACACAAGCUGCUGCUAUGGAAUGGGCACCAUAUAAUAUUACUGUCAACGCUUAUUGCCCAGGUAUGUUUUAG